UGUUUAUUCCCCAGCUGCUGAACAACAUUGAUGUGCGUCCAACGAGAAGCUCGUCUAUGCAGAUCUCUCUUCAGCGCAAAGCUGUGAACGGCUGCGCUGAUGAGUGUGGAACCCCGGGAUCUCCUGAGGAGACGCUUCCAUGUAAAUUCUCAGAGUUUCGCGAGCAUUACGCGUCCCCUGUUGAAAACCGUUCUUCUUCUCCGAGCAGUCCGGAGGUGACUCCUGGAAACUCUCCGCCGAGGCUGACGGAAGAGCUAGGGCAGCAGGUCAAUGGGACUGUUUGCUGUAAUCGCAGAAUAUUUUGUACUAUUCCUUCUAAGAACCAGAGCGAUGAUGCUUUGUCUGCUCCCCAAGAAGAUGAGGCAAGCGAAGCAUCUUCCGGUUUAAACAUAAGUGGUGUGAGGAUUCAGCAUCGUGCUUCGAGCGCGGAUAUGCCUCAGGUGACUCUCUUACCCUUUGGCUCUGAGGCUCAAGGUAACGCUCCCAGCCCCGAACCCCGGCGCUGGUCUUUGCAACAUGUGCCAGAUAUGUCAGCAAAUUCAGGAAAGAAGUUCUUUGUUCUUCAGCUGCAGCAACCGCAGGCGAGUGGUACGGGUACAGGGGGUGAAUACAACUUUGGUUUUACCGGAACAAAAGGGGACAGAUUGGUCAGGUAUCCGCGGAUACGACUGGAAAGGAGCACUUCCUACCCUGUCCAGCCGCGACCGGAGCAGGCUAGCCCCACAGGCGAUGGAUUGGAUUCAGAACUGCACGGAAACGCCAGGAACGGGUCAGAAAUGUCCAGAAGCAAUUCAGUAGAGAGGAUCCCUCAAGGGCAGGGAUGCCUGUUUAAAAUCAGACCAGAUCAGAACACGAGGCAGCAGCACUUCCGAAUCCUCGUGACCCGCAGUCCGGAAGAGCAGAACCAGGCUGCUGCGACGGAGGGUCGUGGCACCCCUGCUCCUACCGCAGCCGGCACCGCGACUAGAGACGACUUCCUAGGCCAAGUGGAUGUGCCGCUUAGUCAUCUUCCGACUGAAGACCCGACCAUGGAAAGGCCAUACACAUUUAAGGAUUUCCUUCUCAGACCAAGAAGCCACAAAUCUCGUGUAAAGGGUUUCUUGAGGCUGAAGAUGGCUUAUAUGCCCAAAAAUGGUGGCCAAGAGGAAGAAAAUAAUGAUCAAAGGGAGGAAUCAGAGCAUGGAUGGGAUGUGGUUGAUUCCAGUGACUCCGCGUCUCAACGUCAGGAGGAGUUACCACCUCCUCCGCUGCCUCCUGGCUGGGAAGAAAAGGUGGACAACCUGGGACGGACUUACUACGUCAACCAUAACAACAGGACUACUCAGUGGCAUCGACCAAGUUUAAUUGAUGUGGGCUCGGAUUCAGACAACAACAUCAGGCAGAUCAACCAAGAAGCAGCCCACAGACGGUUUCGCUCUCGGAGGCACAUUAGUGAGGAUUUGGAACCAGAACCGAUGGAGAGUGGAGACAUUCCUGAACCUUGGGAAACCAUUUCAGAGGAGGCAAGUGCAAGCGGAGAUUCCUUAAGCUUGUCACUGCCGCCACCUCCUGCGUCCCCAGUGUCCCGAACCAGUCCUCAAGAGCUGUCUGAGGAGCUGAACAGAAGACUUCAGGUCACUCCUGAUUCCAAUGGGGAACAACUCAGUUCUUUGAUUCAAAGAGAUCCUUCUUCAAGACUAAGAUCUUGCAGUGUAACGGAUACAGUUGCUGAACAGUCUCAGUUAUCCUUGCAGAGUGGUCCAUCUAGGAGAGCUCGUUCUUCAACUGUCACGGGUGGUGAGGAAUCAACGCCUUCAGUGGCCUAUGUACAUACUACACCAGGCUUACCUUCAGGCUGGGAGGAAAGAAAAGACGCUAAGGGACGUACUUACUAUGUCAAUCAUAACAAUCGAACCACAACUUGGACACGACCCAUUAUGCAGCUUGCAGAAGACGGCACGGUUGGGUCAGCAACCAACAGCAACAACCAUCUGAGCGAACCUCAGAUAAGACGGCCUCGUAGCCUCAGCUCACCCACAGUAACUCUGUCUGCUCCGCUUGAGGGUAUGAAGGACUCACCUGUGCGCAGAGCUGUGAAGGACACCCUUUCCAAUCCGCAGUCCCCGCAGCCCUCGCCUUACAACUCUCCUAAACCACAGCAUAAAGUCGCACAAAGCUUCUUGCCUCCGGGCUGGGAGAUGCGAAUCGCACCCAAUGGCCGGCCCUUCUUCAUCGACCACAACACUAAGACCACUACGUGGGAGGAUCCACGACUGAAAUUUCCAGUGCAUUUGAGAUCGAAAGCUUCUUUGAAUCCUAAUGAUUUGGGCCCUCUUCCUCCUGGUUGGGAGGAAAGGAUACAUUUGGAUGGAAGAACAUUUUAUAUAGAUCAUAGAAGCCAGGUGUUGAUAUGUGGAGACAUUGAUACCAGAGACUUAGUGCCCUCGUACGAUAAUAAAAUUACCCAGUGGGAAGACCCCAGGCUGCAGAACCCGGCGAUUACUGGUCCAGCAGUUCCGUAUUCCAGGGAAUUCAAACAGAAAUAUGACUAUUUCCGGAAGAAGUUGAAGAAGCCAGCUGAUAUACCGAACAGAUUUGAGAUGAAGCUACACAGGAAUAAUAUUUUUGAGGAGUCCUACAGAAGAAUCAUGUCUGUGAAGAGACCUGAUGUGCUAAAAGCCAGGCUCUGGAUUGAGUUUGAGUCAGAAAAAGGACUUGACUAUGGUGGUGUGGCCAGAGAAUGGUUCUUCCUCUUGUCCAAGGAGAUGUUUAAUCCUUAUUAUGGUCUCUUUGAAUAUUCAGCAACGGACAACUAUACACUUCAGAUUAAUCCUAAUUCAGGUCUUUGUAAUGAAGAUCAUCUGUCGUAUUUCACGUUUAUUGGACGGGUUGCUGGUCUGGCAGUAUAUCAUGGGAAGUUAUUAGAUGGCUUCUUCAUCAGACCUUUUUACAAGAUGAUGCUGGGGAAACCAAUAACUCUGAAAGACAUGGAGUCAGUGGAUAGUGAAUACUACAACUCUUUGAAGUGGAUCCUGGAAAAUGACCCUACAGAGUUGGAUCUCAUGUUUUGCAUAGAUGAGGAAAACUUUGGACAGACGUAUCAAGUUGACUUGAAGCCAAAUGGGUCAGAAAUCAUGGUAACAAAUGAAAACAAAAGGGAAUACAUUGACCUCGUCAUCCAGUGGAGGUUUGUAAAUAGAGUUCAAAAACAAAUGAAUGCUUUUCUGGAGGGAUUCACAGAGCUUCUCCCUAUUGAUCUGAUAAAAAUUUUUGAUGAAAAUGAGCUAGAGUUGCUGAUGUGUGGCCUUGGAGAUGUUGAUGUUAACGACUGGAGACAGCACACUAUCUACAAGAACGGUUACUGUCCAAACCAUCCUGUUAUCCAGUGGUUCUGGAAGGCUGUUUUACUGAUGGAUGCUGAAAAACGGAUUCGAUUACUGCAGUUUGUUACUGGGACGUCACGCGUGCCUAUGAAUGGAUUUGCUGAACUGUACGGUUCAAACGGUCCUCAGCUGUUUACAAUAGAGCAAUGGGGAAGUCCUGAUAAACUGCCCAGAGCUCACACAUGCUUUAAUCGCCUAGACUUACCUCUUUAUGAAUCUUUUGAAGAUUUACGAGAGAAGCUACUUAUGGCAGUUGAAAAUGCUCAAGGAUUUGAAGGAGUGGAUUAAAGCAGCUACUUUUUUUCCCCCCCUUCAAGCAAGUUCUGCUUGCACUUUUGCAUUUGCCUAAUGGACUCUGAGUGACUAUGGCAGAACAGUUGCACAAUGUUGGUUCAUGGAGCAAACACUUCUACAGUGCAGUUGCCUAAAUUCAGAAGUUUGAACUGUAAUCUGUGGAUUGUUUUUCCUGACGUUUCCACAGCAAAUUACCAACUGGUUAACGUGUACUCUGAUUACAUUUCAGCAAGACUUGUUCUAUUUAUGUUGUGCCUCUGUAGGCAAAGCCCUUAAUAAAUAUUUUACAUAAUUUCUAAUGACAAUGAAUGGAAUUAAUCAUUUUACAGGUAUAGUAUUACAACUCAUGUUUACUUUUUAAUUGAUUUAGACAUUUUCAGAUUUUAUUUCAUUACAAUUAAAUCUCAUAUACUUGGAAAAAUGAGCAUUUUUCUUAUCUUAAUUUCAUACCAGACUUGAUGCCAGUGUCAUUUAUUCAAAGCGCAUUUUGAGCCUCGUGUUCCCAAACCAUUAAAGAAAAUAGGAGAAAGCUAUGUUGGAACUUUUCUGUUCGUGGGCUGUAUCAAGAGCAACUCUUAAAAACCUUUUCACCGAGCACAUAAAUAUUUUUCUGUAUCCAGAAGAAGUAAGGAUUGGACGUUGCUUUUUUUUGUAUAGAUCAAUAGAAUAGUUAAAAGUCAAGAGAGAAUCAUAACAUAGCAUGCCAGAUCUCAUGUUCAAUAAAGAAAUUGCCUCAUUAUUCCUUGGUAAUAUUUACAUGUACUAUAAAACAGUUUGGGGUAGGGUUGGCAUUAAUCAUUUUAGGAAAAUAUGCGUAACCCUGUCAUUUUCUUUGUACAGUGAUUCUUUUAUUAUCCUUUCCUCUUUACUGUUUGCAAUGGAGGCAUUUUGAAUGAAACCUGACACUGCGUGAUUUGGCACUAUGGAAAACAGAGCUGUUUUUGUCUCCUAUUUGUAUGCAUUUGCUCAUGAUAACUAAAUAACAAUAUUUUUUGUUUGUUUCUAACUGCACCAACUCUAAAGGCACUUUAUGUAACACAUGGAAGUCAUAUCUGUUUUUUAUCAUAAACAUUAAUGUGAUUAUAUUCCUUCUCACUGCACAUGUCUUUCUGGUGCAAUAUCUAGCAAUUGUGAAUUUGGCUGCUGCUGAUGUAUAAAAGAAAAAAAAAAAAAAAAA